ACCCUGUUGGUGGAACUGGAGCACUUGUUGAGGCUCUUGUUCUCAGAUUUUCCUUCUGAUAAACUUCCAAAAAUGUCAGAACCUUCACAACUUAUGAUAGAAAAUACACGUUCUGAUCUUUAUGUUGCACUCCCUGUUCUCAGUCAAGGAAAGAAAUGGGUCUUACUAUACAGUACAUGGAGGCAUGGCAUAUCUCUUUCAACCUUAUAUAGAAGAAGCAAUCUUUGCCCUGGGUUAAGUCUACUGGUUGUUGGAGAUCGUAAAGGUGCAGUGUUUGGUGGUUUAGUUGAGGCACCUUUGAAACCAUCAACAAAGAAAAGAUACCAGGGAUCGAAUGAUACAUUUGUGUUUACAAAUACACCAGGGCGUCCUGUUAUAUAUCGCCCCACAGGGGUGAAUCAGUAUUUUACUCUUUGUUCAACUGAGUAUUUAGCGCUUGGUGGGGGAAAUCAUUUUGCAUUGUAUCUCGAUAGUGACUUGUAAGAGUGUUGCACUUGCAUCAUUCCUAUUUUUCUUUUUGAGGGAUAAUAUGGUAAUUUGGCAAUUUGCAUAUUUUUUCCCCAUAUUGAAUGGGUCAAGUUUGGCCUCACAAACUUAUGGUAACUCUUGUUUGUCACACACCCAAGAAUUUGAAGUGAAGGAAAUUGAGCUGUGGGGGUUUGUAUAUGCUUCAGAGUAUGAAGAGGUGAUAUCAAUGUUGAGGACAGAAGCACCUGGGAUAUGUCGAUGGUAGAUUGACGAUUAUGCCCUUCAUCUUGUAUAUAUUUUAACAUGGGUGUUCCAUUUCCAUUGCUAUGUUUGUUGAAACUUGGUUUGUUGGGUUUCAACGUAGAUAACUUUUUGGAUUUAUGAUAUACGUAUAAAAGAUUGAUAAAGCGAGGGGUUUGUGUUAACAAGUUAACGGAAAUAUAUUUUCUGA